UUAAGAGUUAGUGCUUUUGAUUUUAAAUUAAAUGGCUACGAAUUGGACAAUUUCCAAAUGAGUGACCCAUCAGAUAUACAUACAACCAUUCGCACCGAUGACAACGAGAGGCCAAGCUCAUCGAGUCCUGAUGGUGUGGAGAUACGUAUUCCACAUGUAUGUAUUACAAUAUCAGAUGAAGAGUCAAACGAAAGUCGCGCAGCAGUACGCACCCCACUGCCUGACACUGAACGCUCUUCAAGUCCCGACGUUGUGGAGAUACGUAUCCCACAUGAGUGCAUAGUAAUAUCUGAUGAGGAAAGUAAUGAAAGUCGGGACACUUAUGAAAGCCGACACACUCAUGAAAGGCAGGCCUCUAAUGAAAUCCGGGCAAGUAAUGAAAGCCAACACACUCAUGAAAGCCAGGACACUAAUGAAAGGCAGGACUCUAAUGAAAUCCGGGCAAGUAAUGAAAGCCGACACACUCAUGAAAGCCAGGACACUAAUGAAAGGCAGGACUCUAAUGAAAUCCGGGCAAGUAAUGAAAGCCGACACACUCAUGAAAGGCAGGCCUCUAAUGAAAUCCGGGCAAGUAAUGAAAGCCGACAUACUCAUGAAAGGCAGGACACUAAUGAAAGGCAGGACUCUGAAAUCUGGGCAAGUAAUGAAAGCCGACACACUCAUGAAAUGCAGGCCUCUAAUGAAAUCCGGGACACUAAUGAAAGCCGGGAUAUGGAAAUUGUCGCACCGCCAUAUCAUGAACGCUCUUCAAGUCCCGACGUUGUGGAGACACGUAUCCCACAUGAGUGCAUAGUAAUAUCUGAUGAGGAAAGUAAUGAAAGUCGGGACACUUAUGAAAGCCGACACACUCAUGAAAGGCAGGCCUCUAAUGAAAUCCGGGCAAGUAAUGAAAGCCGACACACUCAUGAAAGGCAGGCCUCAAAUGAAAUCCGGGCAAGUAAUGAAAGCCGACACACUCAUGAAAGGCAGGCCUCAAAUGAAAUCCGGGCAAGUAAUGAAAGCCGACACACUCAUGAAAGCCAGGACACUUAUGAAAGGCAGGACUCUAAUGAAAUCCGGGCAAGUAAUGAAAGCCGACACACUCAUGAAAGGCAGGCCUCUAAUGAAAUCCGGGCAAGUAAUGAAAGCCGACACACUCAUGAAAUGCAGGCCUCUAAUGAAAUCCGGGCAAGUAAUGAAAGCCGACACACUCAUGAAAGGCAGGCCUCUAAUGAAAUCUGGGCAAGUAAUGAAAGCCGACACACUCAUGAAAUGCAGGCCUCUAAUGAAAUCCGGGCAAGUAAUGAAAGCCGACACACUCAUGAAAUGCAGGCCUCUGAUGAAAUCCGGGCAAGUAAUGAAAGCCGACACACUCAUGAAAGCCAGGACACUAAUGAAAGGCAGGACUCUAAUGAAAUCCGGGACACUAAUGAAAGCCGGGAUAUGGAAAUUGUCGCACCGCCAUAUCAUGAACGCUCGUCGGAUUUCGAUGUUGUGGAGAUAGUCUACCCACACGAAUUGAUAGUCCUUUCCGAUGAUGACGAAAUGGACAAUAGUGUCGAUGUAUACAAUAUUCCACUCCCGGAUGAUUAAAGCACAUCGAGUCCUGUUGUGGAUGUGAUGAGCAGUCAAAUGAAUGUCCUGCUGUACAUAACACCCCACUGCCAGGCACUGAAUGCUCAUCGAGUUCCGAAGUUGUGAAGAUACGUAUUCCACAUGACUGUAUUGUUUUAUGUGAUGAGAAAACUAAAGAAACCCUGGACACUAAUGAAAGCCGGGAUACUAAUGAAAGCCGGGACACUAAUGAAAUCCGGGAUACUAAUGAUAGCCGGGACACUAAUGAAAGAUGCGACACUAAUGAAAGCCGUGACGCUAAUGAAAGCCGGGACACUAAUGCUAGCCGGGACACUAAUGAUAGCCGGGACACUAAUGAAAGCAGGGACACUAAUGAAAGCUUGGACACUAAUGAAAGCCUGGACACUAAUGAAAGCCGGGACACUAUCGAAAGACAGGAUAUAUAAAUCAUCGCAUAAUAUCUGAUGAGGAAACUAAUGAAAGCCAGGACACUAAUGAAAGCCGGGAUACUAAUGAAAGCCGAGACACUAAUGAAAGCCGGGAUAUAUAAAUCAUCGCAUUAUAUCUGAUGAGUAAACUAACGAAAGCCGGGACACUAAUGAAAGCCGGGAUACUAAUGAAAGCCGGGACACUAAUGAAAGCCGUGACACUAAUGAAAGCCGGGAUACUAAUGAAAGCCGGGACACUAAUGAAAGCCGUGACGCUAAUGAAAGCCGGGACACUAAUGAUAGCCGGGACACUAAUGAUAGCCGGGACACUAAUGAAAGCAGGGACACUUAUGAAAGCCUGGACACUAAUGAAAGCCUGGACACUAAUGAAAGCCGGGACACUAUCGAAAGACAGGAUAUAUAAAUCAUCGCAUAAUAUCUGAUGAGGAAACUAAUGAAAGCCAGGACACUAAUGAAAGCCGAGAUACUAAUGAAAGCCGGGACACUAAUGAAAGUCGUGACGCUAAUGAAAGCCGGGACACUGAUGAAAGCCGGGACACUAAUGAAAGCCGGGACACUAAUGAAAGCCGCGACACUAAUGAAAGCCGGGGAUACUAUAGAAAGACGGGAUAUGUGAAUCAUCGCAUUAUAUCUGAUGAGAAAACUAAUGAAAGCCGGGAUAGUAAGAAAGCCGUGACACUAAUGAUAGCCGCGACACUAAUGAAAGCUGGGACAGUAUCGAAAGACGGGAUAUAUAAAUCAUCGCAUUAUGUAUGAUGAGGAAACUAAUGAAAGCCGGGAUACUAAUGAAAGCCGGGAUACUAAUGAAAGCCGUGACACUAAUGAAAGCCGUGACACUAAUGAAAGCCGUGACACUAAUGAAAGCCGCGACACUAAUGAAAGCCGGGAUACUAAUGAAAGCCGGGACACUAAUGAGCGCCGUGACUCUAAUGAAAGCCGUGACACUAAUGAUAGCCGGGACACCAAUGAAAGCCGCGACACUAUCGAAAGAUGGGAUAUACAUAUCAUCGCACUACCCGUCAACGAAAGUAAGUUUGCCAAAUAAUUCUCAUUUUAUAUCUGUAAUGGGUUCGAACGAAAUAGUGGCAUUAUUAUUUUGGUAAAUACAAUAUAAAUUUGCAUAACCAGCAGAAAAGGCUGUAAAAUGCUUUAAUGUGAUUUGCUGAAUUCGUAUGCUCUUCGAGUUCCGAAGUUGUCGAGGUUACGUAUCCCACAUGAGUUUAUUGUUAUAUCUGAUGAGGAAAAGAAUGAAAGCCGGGACACUAAUGAAAGCCGGGAUACUAAUGAAAGCCGGGACACGAAUGAUAGCCGGGACACUAUCGAAAGACGGGAUACUAAUGAAAGCCGGGAGACUAUCGAAAGACGGGACAUAUACAUUAUCGCAUUAUAUCUGAUGAGGAAACUAAUGAAAGCCUUAACACUAAUGAAAACCGGGACACCAAUGACAGCCGGGACACUAUCGAAAGACGGGAUAUAUAAAUCAUCGCAUUAUAUCUGAUGAGGAAACUAAUGAAAGCCGUGACACUAAUGAAAGCCGCGACACUAUCGAAAGAUGGGAUAUACAAAUCAUCGCACUGCCAGUCAACGAAAGCUCUUCGAGUUCCGAAGAUGUCGAGAUACAUAUCCCACAUGAGUGUAUUUUAAUAUCUGGUGAGGAAACUAAUGAAAGCCGGACACUAAUGAAAGCCGGGAUUCUAAUGAAAGCCGGGACACUAAUGAUAGCCGUGACCCUAACGAAAGCCGGGACACUAGUGAAAGCCGGGACACUAUCGAAAGACGGGACAUAUAAAUCAUUGCAUUAUAUCUGAUGAGGAAACUAAUGAAAGCCUUAAUACUAAUGAAAACCGGGACACCAAUGACAGCCGGGACACUAUCGAAAGAUGGGAUAUACAAAUCAUCGCACUGCCAGUCAACGAAAAAGAAAAACAGCAGUGAGACAAUAGAAAAAAAGUAAUGCAUACAUACAUUAUUGACCGGAGGAAAAGCCAAAAAGUAUCCACUACGGUGUACCACAUCGUGCAAGUUACAGAAGUAGCCUAAGAGUUACAAAAGAUGGAAAAUAAAAAUAUUAGGAAAAUUUCCUAUUUUUACUAUAUCGCAAAAUGCAAAAUUAUGUGUCUAUAUUACAGUCCGAAGUUAACAAAUAGAUGUACUAACUGGGAACUUUCAAAUUCCACUAAAAUGCCCAGAUGACCUGGACCUAAAUGUUAAUAAAUUUAUUAUAAACCUUUAACAAUGUGCCUGGAAAAAUAAACCAGACAUUAAAAAAAAGUCCGCUAGACCAUAUUAUCCUGUGCUUAUUACAAAUAUGAUCUCAGAGAAAAAAAAAACAAACUUUUUAAAAACUGUUCUUCAAGCGUUUGAAACCUAUUAUAGUAGUGGGAAAACUUGUUCCCGAUUAUCAGUUUGGUUUUAGAGAAAGACAUUCAACAUGAUGUCCACCAUGAUGGAAAAGGCACUAGAAGAGAAGAAAGUUUGUACAAAAAGUAUAUUUAAAUGUCGCGCAAGCAUUUGAUAAUGUUUGGCAUGAAGCACUAAUGCAUACACGAAGAAAUAGGCUUCCCAAGAAGGUUGCAGGUAUUAUAGAAUCGUAUCUCACUCACUGAGUAUUUCGAGUCAGAGAAGAUGAUGCAUUCUGUAAAUUAAGAAGCUGGAGUAACACAGGGAAUUGUCCUAGGUCCGGUCCUUUAUUUAUUAUAUACCUGUGAUAUCGCAGAGCUAGAAAACAAUACCAUUGCAACUUUUGCAGAUGACACAGCUGUAAUGGCUGUAGGGCAUUCGCGAGAAGAAGUGGUGUGUAAAGUAUAAUCAGCCGUAAAUAUAUUCCCCAAUCAUUAUAUAUGAUUGGACAAGAAAAUGGCGUAUCAGACAAUGCGCCAAAUCAACUAAUAUAGAUUUAACAUAUAAUAGAUUUAACUAUAACCCGGUCUUCAUUAAAAGUAAAGUAAUACAGCCAAAUAAUACCUUGGCAUGACAUUAGACGCAAAGCUUCGCUGGAAAGCUCAUGUCAAAAAGAAACGAGAGGAGUUGGAAUUACGCUAUAAGAAUAUGUAUUGCUUACAUGGAAAGCACUCUUCAUUAAAUAUCAGUGAACAAUAAUUAGCUUAUAAUAUAAACAGAUCCAAAUGCAAGUGUGGUCUUAUGGUAUUCAACUUUGGGGUACAACCCCAAACCUAGAAACAUACAAAUUCAGACAAAGAAGACUCAAAAGAACUAAACCUUUUGAGUUAGUGUAGUGAAACGCUAGUCUAAUAUAAUAGUGCAGUGUUUAGUGAAACUAACAUGCCGUGCUAAGUGUAAAAAACACAAGAACAUAGUGGCUUCCCCUUAAUAGAGACAAUAAGAAUAGUGCUAAUAGACACUUUCUUAGUUUUACUCUACUUAGUAAAUUAAGUGAAAAUAAAAAUGACCCAGCUAAGCGGGGACUCACAUCUAGUUAAAUAAUAUUUAAUAACAACUUAAAGAUGAUUAUAGACGUUAAGUUAUAUUAGACUUAGAUUAUUAGAUAGUUAGUUAGUUUACCUGGGCUAAUUAAACACUUAGCCUCUUGAUUGGGCCAUUGUUUUUAAAAAGAAAAUGUCUUCUUAUUCCAACCAGCCCAGAUCAUUCCAGAAGUCUAGCAGUCUUUUUAAGUUUCUGCAGGCAUCUGGAAGCGAUGCUGGUGAUUGGAAUAUUUGGCCCGUUGUUCGGCCACACUGCUGCUUUCCAUAAGCACGUGUUCUGGCGUUUCCUCCGCCUCCAUGCAUCCUCUGCACAAGAACAACAACAGACAGCCCGUCUGUUACACCUAUGAUAGACAGAUGCUUGUUCAAGGGACAGUGACCGGUGACUACACCUACAAUUGUGCGUAUAUUGUCCCUGUGUAGUCUCAUCAGGUUGCGGGUGAACCUCUUUGGGGGCACCGGAACCGCAUUCUUUGUUUGCCUGCAACCUUUGCUGUUUCUCCAUUCUAUUAGGUGGGAUUGUUCCGUUUUUACUCGUAGCCAUUUUUUAAUUUGGGCCUGAGGUAUGGGUAGUAGUGGCUCAGGUCCAUAUGCUACGGCUUCGAAUCCCCUUUUGGCCAGUUCAUCUGCGGCAUCAUUGCCCAGUGAGUUACUGUGUCCUUUAAUCCAUUGCAGAGUGACUCUGUUCUGGUUUGCGAUGGAUUGGAGUGCGUUAUGGCAUUCCAGUAUAAGGGCAGAUGUUAUGGUGUUGUUUUGCAGCGCCUGAAGUACGGAUGCAUUGUCUGAGAUUAUCUUUAUGUUACGGUCUCUGACGUCUCUGGCUGCUACCGUCUGAGCUGCUCUAGUGAUUCCAAUGCAUUCUGCUUGAAAUAUUGUGUUUAGGUUGUCUAGUGUUGUUGAUAUUUUUAUAUUUAGGUCGUCCGAGAAGACUCCGGCUCCAGUGCCGUGUAUGGAUUUGGAUCCGUCUGUAUAUAUUCUGACUUAGUUGAUGCCAGAGUUAUCAUUUGCUUCCGCAUUGAGUCGAAUAUCAUACCUUCGAUCGAAUACAUGGUGGGACAGUGUUCUGUCCAUGGAUGCAUCAAGAAGUGAUAUUUCCUUCAAGAUUUCUUUUAGGACUCUGGAGAGAGUAGUUUCUGUGUUUUGUUUCCAUAGACCGUUUGCUCUUAGUCUUAAGGCAGUUGCCUUAGCCUCAUCUUGUACGGCUCUAAGAUCUAAAGGUCUAAGAUUCAAGAGGUAUUCAAGCGCGGAUGAUGGAGUGGUUUUCAUGCAUCCAGUAGCCGUUACGGUCGCUAAGCGUUGUAGACUCUGUAGUUUCGAUUUUACUGUUAUCAGCUGUGUCCUGGGCCACCAUACAACUGAUCCAUGGGUAAAGGAAGGUCUGAUGACAGAUGUGUAUAGACAUAGUACUAUCUUUGAGCUGAUACCCCAUUUUUUGCCUAUUAGCCUUUUGCACUGGUAGAAGGCAAUACAGGCCUUCUUUGUUUUAGUUUCGAUGUGACUCGCCCAGUUUAAUUUGUUAUCAAGGACGCCCAGAUAUUUCACUUGAUUUGACAAAGAGAGUUUGGUGUUAAAGAAUUUUGGUGGUUGGAGAUCCGGUAAUUUCCUCUUGUUUGUAAAAAGGAUAAGUUCUGUCUUCUGUGGAUUUACUGACAGUUGAUGUUCGUCACACCAUUCUUCUACAAUUUGGAGGGCUGAACGCAUUACUUUACACAGUAUGUUUUCAGAACUUCCGUUUAUCAGUAUUGCUAGGUCAUCAGCAUAACCAAUAGUGGUGUAUCCUCUUUCGUUUAGCGUCCUUAAGAGGCCAUCAACUAUACUAUAUUCCGCAGGAGUGGUGAAAGGACACCCCCUUGGUGAGCAGCCUUUGACCACUUUGGCUCUCAUUGUAGUAUUCACCACUAUCUGAACCGUCCUUUUGCUAACUAGUUCGGUGAUCCAGUUCCUUAUGACUGGUUCUACCUGGUUCCGUAGAGCGUGGUUAAUGCUGUUGUGCAUAGUCUUGUCAAAGGCCCCUUCUAUAUCUAUACAGGCAGCCAGUGUGGAGGCUUUGGUUGUGAUAGCCGUUUCUAUUUUGUGCGCCACCGAGUGGAGUGCUGACUCUGUUGAUAUUUGGAAACAAGCGCGUCGGUGGUCUGCGAAAGAUGGUUCGUCCGAUACAUGCCAUCCCUCGAUAAGGCCAGCCGCCGAAUCUGUUGCCAGAGUAAUGUCUAUAAUAGUUUGAUAUCUGGAGCUUACAAAGGUUAGUUCUCAGGUUUGUUUGAAAAAUAUAUUCAGUUAGUAACUCACCCCUUUUGUUUGUAUCUAUAUAUAUACAAUAUAUUUUGUUUUAAUUAGUUUACUUUUGUUAAUUAUACAUUUUUUUAGCUGCAAAUAAAAUAUUUUAUUAUCUUUA